AUUUUACAACUGUCUUCUCUCUCCAUUGCCCAUGGUCUUUUAACCAUUAAAUCACAGUAGCAUUUUCCAGAUUCCUCCUUUUGUUGCUGUUGGAUUUUAUUCUAUUUGAUUAGGGGUGGACGGCCACGAUGAAGUACAGGACCGUGGUGAUGUACUUGGAGGUGGGCUGCUUCGUGUCGUGUCUGUGCGGCUGGGUCCUGGUUUGCUCCACCUUGCCCACGGAGUACUGGAACUUCUCUGAGGUGGGCAGCACCGUCCUAACCACCGCCAACUACUUCUCAAAUCUGUGGAUGGACUGCAUCUCGGACACCACGGGCGUCUCCGACUGCAAGUACUACCCCUCCAUGCUGGGACUCUCCGCGUUCCUCCACGCGUGCCGCGCGCUGGCCGUGGCGUCCGUCGCCACCGGCUUCUUCGGCGGCGUCCUGACGCUCAUCGGGAUGAAGUGCACCAAGAUCGGCGGCUCGGAGCUCGCCAACGCCCGGGUCACCUUCGCAGGAGCGGUCACGUAUUUUGUAUCAGGUCUCUGUGGGAUGGUCACCUACUCACUUUGGGGCAACCGAGUCGUUAGCGAGUUCAAGGAUCCAAACUUUGUGUCACAGAAGUUUGAGCUGGGGGCGGCGGUCUUCGUGGGCUGGGGCGGAUCCAGCCUCCUGCUUGUUGGAGGGGGCCUUUUGAGCUAUCUCUCUGGCAGAGAGGGCCUACACUUCAGUAGCGACAAGGGUCCGCGCCGACCCGCAACGUACGCCCAGGCCCGCUCCAGACGGACGUACGCAACGGCGCGGACUAGACGGACCUACGGACCACCUCUGUUCUACCAGGGCCGCGACAGCAGGGGGGUCCGGAGCACGAGGACCCCUGGGACCAUCAGGACACCCAGGACCACCAGCCAGCCCAGGACCAUCAACUUCCCCGGGAGCGAGGAGUUUGUAUGA